GUUGGGUCCAUUUGCUACGAAUUCGAAAGAAAGAGAGAGGAAGAAACAGAGAGGAACGAAAGAAAGAAGAAAGAAAGAUCCGCCGCCGUCCUUCCGUUCGCCGCAGCCGGAGAUCCGUCUUCCGUUGGUCGACCCGCCCUUCCGUUGGUCGGCCGCCGGUAAGUGUAGGUUUUGUUUUUUUUUUUUUAAAAAAAAAAAAUAUAUAAACACGCCUCCACUCCACUACAAUUAACCACCGUCUGCAACAGCCACCACCCUGCGCCGGUCAGAGGUCCCGCGUCGCCCAACCACCGCCGGCGCCUUUACAAGCAGCCACCACCGCCGGUCAGUGUAGGUUGUGUUUUGUUUUGUUUUUUUUUUUUUUUACUUUUAUUUUUAAAUUUUAGUCUGAAAAUCCUUCGAACAGCCACCACCGCCGGCGCCUUUACAAGCAGCCACCACCGCCGGUUCCUCCUCCAUUAUUGUCCUCGCUCCGACCACCACCAUCUUCACCACCCGCCGUUCAGGUUGCAAUGGUGGGAGGGAAAAAAGGAGAAACGUCGAAGAGUAGAAAAGGAAAGGAGAAAAGACAGGUUUUGAUAUAUGAUGAUGAUGAGGAAAUGGAGGAUGCGGAGGAGGCGGAAGAUUUGGGUGACGACGAGGAUCCUCAAACACAGAUGCAGAUUGAGCAUCAUGAGCAACAGCUUCAGGCGCAACAGCUUCAGGGGCAACAUGCCUCGCAGUCUUCUCAGAGGGUGGUACUAGACCCUGCCACGUGCUGGUUUGAUGAUAAAGCCGUGGUAAAGGCCAUCUCCGGUACCCUAACAGGCUACUAUCGAAAGCCUUGGAGGAAUUACGGAGAAGUUGAUGCUAAAACAAAGGAGCAUUGGUGGAACUUGUUUUGUGUAUGUCAUUUUAUACUUACAACUAUGUAUUACUAA